AUGAGCAUAGCCCUCCUCACCAGUGACAGCAUCUACAGAAAGCACUGCCUCAAGAAGGGUGGCACGCUGCCCCACAGCCCGGGUCCCACAGGGUGGCACGCUGCCCCACAGCCCGGGUCCCAACAGGGUGGCACGCUGCCCCACAGCCCGGGUCCCAACAGGGUGGCACGCCGCCCCACAGCCUGGGUCUACCCCACGGCCCGGGUCCCGACAGGGUGGCACGCUGCCCCACAGCCCGGGUCCCAACAGGGUGGCACGCCGCCCCACAGCCUGGGUCUACCCCACGGCCUGGGUCCCGACAGGGUGGCACGCCGCCCCACAGCCUGGGUCUACCCCACGGCCCGGGUCCCGACAGGGUGGCACACUGCCCCACAGCCUGGGUCUACCCCGCGGCCCGGGUCCCGACAGGGUGGCACGCUGCCCCGCGGCCCGGGUCCCGACAGGGUGGCACGCCGCCCCGCGGCCCGGGUCCCGACAGGGUGGCACGCCGCCCCGCGGCCCGGGUCCCGACAGGGUGGCACGCCGCCCCGCGGCCCGGGUCCCGACAGGGUGGCACGCCGCCCCGCGGCCCGGGUCCCGACAGGGUGGCACGCCGCCCCACAGCCCGGGUCCCGACAGGGUGGCACGCUGCCCCACAGCCCGGGUCCCAACAGGGUGGCACGCCGCCCCACAGCCUGGGUCUACCCCGCGGCCCGGGUCCCGACAGGGUGGCACGCUGCCCCGCGGCCCGGGUCCCGACAGGGUGGCACACUGCCCCACAGCCUGGGUCUACCCCGCGGCCCGGGUCCCGACAGGGUGGCACGCCGCCCCGCGGCCCGGGUCCCGACAGGGUGGCACGCCGCCCCGCGGCCCGGGUCCCGACAGGGUGGCACGCCGCCCCGCGGCCCGGGUCCCGACAGGGUGGCACGCCGCCCCGCGGCCCGGGUCCCGACAGGGUGGCACGCCGCCCCACAGCCCGGGUCCCAACAGGGUGGCACGCCGCCCCACAGCCUGGGUCUACCCCGCGGCCCGGGUCCCGACAGGGUGGCACGCCGCCCCGCGGCCCGGGUCCCGACAGGGUGGCACGCCGCCCCGCGGCCCGGGUCCCGACAGGGUGGCACGCCGCCCCACAGCCCGGGUCCCGACAGGGUGGCACGCCACCCCACAGCCCGGGUCCCGACAGGGUGGCACGCCACCCCACAGCCCGGGUCCCGACAGGGUGGCACGCCGCCCCACAGCCUGGGUCUACCCCACGGCCCGGGUCCCGACAGGGUGGCACGCCGCCCCGCGGCCCGCGUCCCGACAGGGUGGCACGCCGCCCCGCGGCCCGCGUCCCGACAGGGUGGCACGCCGCCCCACAGCCCGGGUCCCGACAGGGUGGCACGCCGCCCCACAGCCCGGGUCCCGACAGGGUGGCACGCCGCCCCACAGCCUGGGUCUACCCCACAGCCCGGGUCCCAACAGGGUGGCACGCCGCCCCACAGCCUGGGUCUACCCCACAGCCCGGGUCCCGACAGGGUGGCACGCCGCCCCGCGGCCCGCGUCCCGACAGGGUGGCACGCCGCCCCGCGGCCCGCGCCCCGACAGGGUGGCACGCCGCCCCGCGGCCCGCGCCCCGACAGGGUGGCACGCCGCCCCACAGCCUGGGUCUACCCCACAGCCCGGGUCCCGACAGGGUGGCACGCCGCCCCGCGGCCCGGGUCCCGACAGGGUGGCACGCCGCCCCGCGGCCCGGGUCCCGACAGGGUGGCACGCCGCCCCGCGGCCCGGGUCCCGACAGGGUGGCACGCCGCCCCGCGGCCCGGGUCCCGACAGGGUGGCACGCCGCCCCGCGGCCCGGGUCCCGACAGGGUGGCACGCCGCCCCGCGGCCCGGGUCUGA